AUGCAGGCUAAAUUAUUGUUUACCAGACUAAACUUUAGACGUCCCUCCACAACUUUACGCCAGUUUCCCCUAACAUGUUUUUUAUUUCAUAGCAAAGCAUUUUACUCGGAUCUGGUCACUAAGGAGCCGUUGAUCACACCGAAAAGAAUAAUAAAUAAGACGCCUGGGUUAAACUUAUCUAUUUCUGAGAGGGCUUCCAACAGACUAGCUGAGAUCUACCGCAAUAGUAAGGAAAAUUUAAGAAUUAGUGUGGAAAGUGGUGGAUGUCACGGUUUCCAGUACAAUCUAACUCUAGAACCCGCUACCAAGCCAGAUAUUAAGAAUGAUGUCAAAGACAAGGAGUUUUCAGACGACCUUGACGAUGAUGAUUCCAAGGAUAUAAUAUACGUGUUACCCGAAGAUAAGGGUCGAGUGAUAAUUGAUAGUAAAUCACUAAACAUUUUGAAUAACACUACACUGACAUACACUAAUGAGUUGAUCGGUUCUUCGUUCAAAAUCAUCAAUGGUAGCCUAAAAAGUAGUUGUGGUUGUGGAAGUAGUUUUGAUAUUGAAAAUUAA